CCCUUUGGGUAUUAUUAUUAUGAAUACAAAAGUAUGUCCAUAAUUGUUUAGGAGUGGACUGUAGUGAAUUUAAAUACAAGAGUAAUGAGUUUGUUGAUGAGUUUAUCGGUAAAACACAGUAUUAUGUUCCUUGGACAUGGACCUAUUUUCAGAAAACCAACUCCUUAUUCUAAGGCAAAAUAUUUCUACCAUAGACACAAACUGACAGUGACAGCAUGAAAUCAAAUGUCAUUUGUUAUUUUGACACUUGAAGUUCGUUGUUUUGUGUAUCAUCCUCCCUCAAUCGUAUUUAUAAACAAAUGUUAAAAAGAACAGCUUUGUAUUUUCGACCAUGAAAAUAACUUUGGAAGAAAGCACUACUGAAGUGGUAACCCUUCCAUUACAAAAAAUCGUGGAAAGAAUUUUGUCUGAGAAUAAUUCUGUGGAAUCUUUACAAAAAGACUUGCUGCUUGUGGUUAUAAUAGUAUUGAUGAUGGAAAAUGGGUUUCUACCUAUGGAAAACGGCGUAGAAAUAGAAAAUCCAAUAGAAAGUAUUGACUUUAAAAAGAUACGAAGUUGGAGAUCACCUCUGGGCACCUAUGAGACAAUAUUUAUGUUGAAUGGAGUCCCUUCUAUUCCCAUAAAGGUGAUAAUGAGUCCUCUAGGUGCCAUGGUCAUGAUAAAUGCCUCUAUAGAUGUAUUUAAUGGAGAAACAUACAGUGUUUGUUUACCAAUAAGUAAAUACAUAGUGUCACCUCAAGCAUCUUCUGUGCCAAUGAUAUUUCGGGACCUAAAGCAUUUUUCAUUCAUGGUCAAUGAUAAAGUAGUGGCAGCUGUGAAGAGUAGAGUAUUAAGCUAUUGUGGCUACCCCAGUGCAAGUCUGUUAGGAUUGCCUGAUGAUCUCCUGUUUAAAAUUCUCCUAUAUCUUCCGAUCAAUGAUGUGAUAACAAUGAGGAAAUCUUGUAAAACUAUGCAUACAGUCAUGGAUAGUGAGAAUUUAUGGCAUAAACUAUUCAAGAGGGAUUACAAACAAUAUACAAAUUCUACAAAUGGAAGUUGGAUGGAGUUGUACAAAACCACAUAUCUGAUAGAUGUGGACACAGCUCGGAGAACUCGACAGCACCGUGCGGGGUCCCUGCAUGAUCACAUGGACUAUUCAGAUUUUAUGUCUCAUAUUGAGAAUCCAUUCUGGGAUAUAAUUUGAUUUUGUUCAUACUUUGUACUGUAAAAUUUAUGUUUGUAUUUAUAUAAGAAUAAAACAAUUUUAUACUCCUAAA